UGUCCAUAUUGCGCCGGAUGAGCUCGAGACGCAUUGGAUACCUCCGGAGUAUUAGUGCUGCCUCAUUUGUUCUCCAGGUGACCACUAUUGUCUUAAGAGGGAGUACCAGAAGGCAGCAACGGUCCACCCAGCGCUGCUGUGAUAUUGAGAGGUCAUACAUUCACAAAAAAACAAAGGAAGCAAAGCAGAAAGCGAGGAUGUCUGAAGAGUUGUCCCUCGACAUAAACAUCAAAGAGCCACGAUGGGACCAAGGCACAUUCAUGGGGCGUGCCAAGCACUUCUUCAUGGUCACAGAUCCCAGGAAUGUCCUGCUGUCCUCUGAAACUCUGGAUGAAGCCAGAGUGAUCGUGGAGAAUUACAGAGCUGGUAACGUGAAGCCUGGCCUGACGGAGGAUGAGCUCUGGAGAGCCAAGUACGUCUACGACUCGGCCUUCCACCCCGACACGGGGGAGAAGAUGUUUGUGAUUGGCCGGAUGUCUGCUCAGGUGCCAAUGAACAUGACCAUCACAGGCUGCAUGCUCACCUUCUACAGGACUACUCCGGCAGUGGUGUUCUGGCAGUGGGUUAACCAGUCCUUCAACGCUGUCGUCAACUACACCAACCGCAGCGGAGAUGCUCCCAUGACCGUGAAUCAGCUUGGAACAGCCUACGUCAGUGCUACCACUGGAGCUGUAGUCACUGCUCUGGGUCUCAAGUCUCUAGCCACGCGUCUUCCACCGAUCGUCAGCCGGUUUGUCCCCUUUGCUGCUGUCGCUGCUGCUAACUGUAUCAACAUCCCCUUCAUGAGACAGAGGGAGUUGAAGUACGGUAUCCCCGUGUUAGAUGAGAAUGGAAACAGGUUAGGAGAGUCUGCCAAUGCUGCCAAGCAGGCCAUUGUGCAGGUGGUGGUGUCCAGGAUCGGCAUGGCAGUGCCAGCUAUGGCUAUUCCUCCUGUUAUAAUGAACGCUCUGGAAAAGAGAGCUUUCAUGAAGCGGUUCCCCAUUUUGAAUGCUCCAGUCCAGGUUGGCCUCGUCGGUCUGUGCCUGGUGUUUGCGACCCCUCUGUGCUGCGCCUUGUUCCCACAGAAAAGCUCUAUGAGUGUGAGCGGGCUGGAAGCAGAUCUGCAGGAGAGGAUACGACAAACCAGUCCCAACACCACGACCGUCUACUUCAACAAGGGCCUGUAGGACCAGCCGACACAUCUACACGCACACACUAAAGACAUGCAGACACUCACACAUAUAUACACAUGUGUCUGUAGUCCUGUGGGCACAAGUGGGAGAGCAAAACUACAUUUAUUUAUGCUUUUUUUUUUUUUUUUGCUGUGUGUACUGCUUUUUUUUUUUUUUUUUUUUUUUUUUUUUUUUUUAAUUUGACUGCACGAAGCUGCUCCAAGUUUAACAUUUGAGGAUGUUGAUCAUUUGACCGUGUUGGAAAAAAAUGAUUCACGGAAGGGAAAACAAAACACUUUGAGAAAAAAGGAUAAGUGACAGUUCUUUCUCUACAUACAUGACAAUUACAUACAAGACUGACUUAUGUUCCUUUUAACUGCCUAUUAGGUGGCAGUUCAUGAAGUUACUGACUUAUGUUUCACUCACUCAUAUUUCAUGUUGCAUUCAGGUUCAUGCAAGUUUUGUUUCCUCUGAUGUAUUAUAUGUAACUCCAGUUUAAAAUGAAGGCUUGUCAGGCCUUGCAUGUCUUUGCUUCUGAAUGUAACAUUAUCUUUUGCCUUGUGUCAACCCUCACUUAGAUUUGAUCUGUCUAAUUCUUGCCUAGUGAUCAUUUUAAGUAUAGUACGUAAGAUGUUUUGCCUCCAGUUAAUUUCCUUGUUGUAGUUCCACCAUGUAGUUCCACUGGAAAGACCAGUGCUUUAAUUAGCUAUAAACUGUUCAACCCUUGAUGAACAAGUUCCUCUUUUGUUUUACUCUGCUUCCUUGUUACCGGUGCAGCUUCUCACUCUCUUCAACUAUCCUUUAAGUGUACUUAUGUCCCUUUAUAUUCUUAGACCAGGUAAUGAGGUGCUAGGCACGUUUGACAAAGAAAAUAUGUAGGAAUUAUACUACAAAAGCACUCCUAGAUCACAAAGCAGAGCCAUAGAGUAUGUUAAACAACACCAGUAAGCUUGGUCUUGGUCAACAUAACGUACUGUUGCCAUGGCAGUGGCAGCCUGUCGUUCAAGGCCUUUUAUCAUUUGAGAUCUCUUCAUGAACUAGUUGCUAUCUUUAGUGGCACAUUAAUUAAUUCUUCUUGUUGUAGGUGAUGGUGCUUGUUUGGUGGUUGUGUCGGGUGGAGACGCAUAUACGCUGUUGUGUCUAAAUGUUGUUGCUAAGAGAAAAUGUUGUGAACUGAUCAGAAAUUUUUGUUUUGGAAUGCAGCGAUGUAGAAAUCACGGACAAUAAGGUAUCGCUGUUGUUAUGUGAAAACAUUGUAACUCAUAUUUUGGUGAUUUUAAUGUCCACACGUGAACUAAAGAGCUGUAUGAGCAGGUUGAAAGAAGUCAAAACUGCAGAGUUCAAGCAAAAAGCAAAGCUGUCUAAUUUCAGUUCCUUAAAGAGGGAGAUACAGUGUUUUUAUAUGCAACAGCUAGCUAGAAAAAUUGUCUUUUGCACUUGACUCAUUGUACCAAAUGAAAAUAGUUGAUGUUGUUUGACGAAGUUAAAACACUGAAUGCUUAUUUCCAGGUCAGAGCAGUGAGUUAUUGUGUGCUUGGUCUUUGUUGUUGCUUUGUUACAGCAGACAGUUUGAGCUUCUCUGAUCAAAUCCAAACACGUGGUUGUCCAGUGUGGUUACAUAGUGAUGAUGAUGUUGUAACUGAGGAAGUAUCAGCUAAAUUUAUCCCAGUGUCGUCUGUCUGGAUUAUGUAAAAAUAAGUAUAUUUUUCAUGGAUAUAUUUACAUAUAUAUAUAUAUAUAUGGUGCACAAUAUAUCACAAUAUAUGGAGCGCAUAUGCAUAAGGGAUUUUAGAGUGUGAAAGGUCAAGGUGUGCCUCUGUUAGUGAAUCCACCAGAUGACCCCACAUAUGCAUGGGAAAACAAUGUUGUCAGCUGCUCGUGUUACAGAGGUGUGUAAGUUAUUACAAAUGAGCGAGUGCUCGUCUUGCUUUAGGGCUAAUGAGUUGUCAGAUUUGAGGAGCGUUGUUCCUCGAGUCGGAUAAAACUCGAUGCAGUAAACACAGUCACAGAAUACCAAGUAUGGCUCAAUAUGUGUGUGAAGUGUUUUGUUUAUGUUGGUUGGAAAAAAAAAAAAAAAGGAUUUAUAUCCUCAACAG